GGUUUUUCAUACCACUGAUCAUCUUGAGUUACUGCUCCAUACAAGUCAUUGCAGAACUCAUUAGAAAGAAGAAUCAAAACUGUCACAAGGAAAAGGUAAUCAGGAAGGCCGUCUACAUCGUGUCUGCAAACCUGAUAGUGUUCAUCGUAUGCUUUUUGCCUCUUUACGUCGGGCAUCUCCUUCGCUUUAUAAUGGACUCC